AUGGCUGGUAGCAGGUUGACGGGGGAGGUAACACAGUCCAUAGAUGACCUCUUGAGUGUGCAGGAAAAUAUACAUGUUAUUGUUCUUGAGGAGCAAGAUAAUGAUGUACGAGAUGAAGAAGAGGACUCACCAAUAUUCAGGCUGAAUAAUACAAGGAAGGACUCGCCUAUAUUUGGGCCAAGUUUAACCCAAUCCAGUGAGAGAGUCUCAGCCACAGAAAAUAGCACCGAAGAUCUACUUACCUUCCCAGAGUCAUGGCGAACAUCACCACUUGCAGGAAGUACCAGGGUGACACACGACCUAGUCAAUGAAAGGCAGCAGCCAACUUCUAGUGAGAGGAAACAGAAGAUUGCUUGGCCAAAGAUGAACGACAAAGGUUGGACACUGUUUGACGAAGACUUAUACUUAGUCCUACAGUCAACACUCAUCGGAGCAGUGGGAAGGAAAUUGGAGGCACUUACUUCACUUACAUACACACUUGGGAAUGAAAGAUUUGGCUUAGAAAAUAAACCCAAUCUACCGCAACCACCUCCAGUCCCUAACAGACGACUGUGUGAAAUAAAGAAGAUCCGACUAGAACUGCGGUCUCUCAGGAAGCAGUACAAGCAAUCAAGUACGGUUGAGAAGGAAGGGAUUAAGCAACUCAGACAGCAGAUACGAUCAAGACUCAUGUCGCUGACCAAUGCUGAAAGACUUAGACGAAAAAGGAGGGAAAAGACAAAGAAAAGAACAGCUUUCAUAUCAAACCCAUACAAAUUUACGAAAGAACUAUUUGGCGAGGAGAAAUGUGGUAAGCUGGAGAGUAGUCGAAACGAGGUGGAAGAGAACCUUAAGGAAACCCAUUCUGACCCACACCGAAGCGAAUCAUUGGGAGAAUGCGGAAGAAUCCAACCAGUAGACGAGCCUGCCAUUCCGCUAAACAUGAAGGAGCCCACAUGGAAAGAAAUAAACGAUGUGGUCAAGAAAGCACGCUCUUGCUCUGCCCCAGGCCCUAGUGGCAUCCCAUACAAGGUGUAUAAGAAAUGCCCAAAGCUUUUAAGAACACUAUGGUCACUUUUACGGGUGGUAUGGAGGAAAGGAAGCAUUCCAAAUUGCUGGCAGACAGCGGAGGGCUGUCUUAUCCCAAAGGAGAAGAACUCGAAGAAUAUAACACAGUUCCGAACCAUAUCAUUGUUGAGUGUGGAAGGAAAGAUUUUCUUCUCCAUCUUAGCCAAGAGAAUGACAACUUACAUGAUAGAAAAUAAGUAUAUCGACACGUCUGUACAGAAAGGUGGAAUCCCAGGAUUCUCUGGCUGCGCGGAGCACACUAGUGCGCUCACACAACUGCUACACGAGGCAAGAAUCAACCAAAAAGACCUUACAGUAGUAUGGCUUGACCUUGCAAAUGCUUAUGGCUCCAUACCCCACCAACUUAUUCUUGAGGCACUACAGCACUACCAUGUUCCAGAACAAGCAACAAAUUUGGUCACAAGCUACAUCAAUAACAUCCAUUUGAGGUUCUCAUGCAGUAGAUUUACCACAGAUUUGGUUCCACUGGAGAAAGGCAUUGUCACAGGAUGCACCAUCUCUGUCAUUUUGUUUGUUAUGGGUAUGAACAUGAUCAUCCGAGCAGCAGAGAGGGAAUCAAGAGGUCCACAGACAAAUGCCGGCAUUCGUCUCCCACCCAAUAGGGGUUUCAUGGAUGACAUGACUAUCACCACAGAAACCCACAUCCAGACGAGAUGGAUUCUGCACGCACUUGAUGAAACAGUGUCAUGGGCAUGGAUGUUAUUUAAGCCAAGAAAGUCAAGGUGUUUGGUAGUGAGGAAGGGGAAAGUAACAGACAGAUUCAAACUAACUAUACAGAAAGAAGAGAUUCCUUCGUUAGUCAACAACCCAGUAAAGUGUUUGGGAAAGUGGUUUGAUUCUACACUCAAGGACACCAAAAGCCAAGGACGACUUAAACAGCACGUUGAAGAAGGGCUAAAGAGAAUAGACAAGUCAGAACUCCCUGGAAAGUACAAAGCAUGGAUCUUCCAGCACGGUCUUUUAGCAAGACUUAUCUGGCCAUUGAUGGUCAAUGAAAUCCCCAUCAGUUUAGUCGAGAAAAUGGAGCACCAGUCAUCAAAACUACAGAUUCCAUUCAACUCACUGGUCGAAGAAUACAAAGUUGCUAAGGCACGUCUGCUGCUUACACUUAGGGACUCGUCUGAUGAGAAGAUCAGUGGAGCAAGAAUUGAAGUAAGAACUGGGAGGAAAUGGUCAGUUAAGCAGGCAGUAGACCAAGCUGAAAGUAGUUUAAAGCUCCAGGAUAUUGUAGGAACAACAAACAAGAGCAGAGAAGGACUAGGUAUCAGGUUCAAACAGAGAUGGAGAGAUUCUGAUAAAGUGGAGAGAAGAUCAAUGGUGCAGAUAGAACUAAGGACCGCAGAAGAUGAAACACGGUCAUCAAGAUCAGUCCAACUUGGUUCUCAGGGAAGCUGGAUGAAGUGGAACUUGCCAGAGAGGCAGUUAACCUGGCAGGAGCUGUGGAGUUAUGAGCCACUUCAAUUGAGUUUUCUCCUUAGAUCUGUUUACGACCUACUACCCUCCCCAACAAAUCUUAAACUGUGGAAGUUGUCAGAAGAUCCCAGCUGUCCACUUUGGGAAUGUAGGAUCAUUACGCCAUAUCAUGUCAUCAUGUAA